GUCAAGCUCGGCUCUGCCGUGAUUUCAAGAUGGAGGAAAGGAAUGGAAUUUUUCGUUUUGUUGAAUUGAAUUGUAAUUCUCAUGCAAUAUAGAGAGAUGGCUUUUCGAUCUGUCGAACGGUUUGACUAAAUAGCGCUAUAUACCUAUAUCCACGCAAACUUUUUGCUCUGACGAGGCCGUAAAUCGGAUUUUAACAGAGUUGUUUACAUAGUUUCUAGGGUAACAUUUUCACAUAAUGGCUGCUGAGGCAGUAAAAGUGGUGGUGCGAUGCCGUCCUAUGAACUCAAGGGAAAAAGAUCUCAAGUGUAGUUUAGUGGUUUCUAUGGACAGUGCUAGUGGUGGUUGUUCUCUUAUUAAUCCAAAUGAUGAAAAAGCACCACCAAAGAAUUUCACAUUUGAUGGAGCCUACUUUAUUGACUCUACAACAGAACAGAUUUAUGCAGACAUCGCAUAUCCACUUGUUGAGGGUGUAACAGAAGGUUAUAAUGGUACAAUAUUUGCAUAUGGACAAACUGGGUGUGGAAAGUCUUUCAGUAUGCAGGGAAUUACUGACCCAGCUACACAGAGAGGAAUCAUUCCAAGGGCAUUUGAUCAUAUCUUUGAGACAAUAUCAGUGACAGAUAAUGUAAAAUUCUUAGUCCAUGCAUCCUAUUUAGAAAUUUACAAUGAAGAAAUCAGAGAUCUUCUCGGAAAAGAUGUAAAAUCCAAACUGGAUUUACAUGAGCACCCAGAAAAAGGGGUGUAUGUUUCAGGAUUAUCCCUUCAUCCUGUGCAUAAUGUCAAUGAUUGUCAAACAGUGAUGGAGAGAGGGUGGAAGAACCGCUCCACAGGGGCCACUCUCAUGAACGCUGACUCCUCGAGGAGUCACUCCAUUUUUACCAUCAAUCUGGAGAUGUGUGAGCCAGAUGACAGUGGAGAAGAACAUAUCAGGGCUGGGAAGCUGAACCUUGUGGAUUUGGCUGGUAGCGAAAGACAGGCAAAGACUGGUGCUACCGGUGAUAGACUUAAAGAAGCAACCAAAAUCAACUUAUCCCUAUCAGCCCUUGGGAAUGUAAUCUCUGCCCUUGUGGAUGGAAAAUCCAAGCACAUUCCUUAUCGUGAUUCCAAACUGACACGUCUACUGCAAGAUUCUUUAGGUGGCAAUACCAAAACCCUCAUGGUGGCUUGCCUGUCUCCAGCAGACAAUAAUUAUGAUGAGACCCUCAGUACUCUCAGGUAUGCAAAUAGAGCCAAGAACAUCAAGAACAAGCCAAAGAUCAAUGAGGAUCCCAAAGAUGCCCUGCUGCGAGAGUAUCAGGAAGAGAUCACAAGGUUAAAGGCUAUGUUGGCUGGCCAGAUGCCAAUUCCUGAUGGAGGCUUUCAAGCUGCGCCAGCUCAGCCUCAAGUGAUAGAGAAAGUAGUGCACGUGGACCACAGCAAGGAAAUUGAAGUAGAAAAACGCAGGUUACAAGAGGAAUUUGACCAAAAACUUCUUGCAAUCAAAGCCAAAUAUGAAGCUGGUGCAGCUGCCCCAGAAACUCAAGUAAUAGAGAAAGUUGUUUAUGUCAAUGGAGAGGAGAAUUUGGAGAAAGAGAAAAGUAAACUUAAAGAGGAAUAUGAAAAACAAAUGGAAGCAAUGAAAGCAAAAUAUGAUGAAAUAGAUGAGCAAGAUGAAGGGAAGUCCCGACCUCAGCUGAUGAGCAUCACAAGUGUGGAUAGAGCAGAGAGCCGUGAAGAUAGAGAUACAUCUCAGACUGCCAUCCACUUGGGGUCAUCUCAUUUUGAGGAAAGAGAGCAGCAAGAGGGUACCCCUGCCCCCCGGUCUUCACCCACUGGGGAACACCUGGGCAUAGAACACCCUGUGAUCCUCUCACAGACUGAGGCACUACGCAGUGAUAUGGAGACACAAUUUGGAGCAUUAAAAAGGCUUGAAGAGUUGCAAAAACAGAUGGUUGGUGGUGAAAAUGCAGACAACUCAGAAAUUAGAGAGAGAAGGAAGAAGAGAAAGAGAUAUGCAGAAGAAAAGAAGAAAAGAUUGGCAGAGGCAAAUAAAAACCUAGAGGAUGAUGGUAUCAUGCUCAACAUAUUCGAUUCAAUACAGGAUGAACUUAAAGCAACCAAGAAACUUUUAGAGAAAGAAAAAGUUAAGAAUGAGGAACUAAAGACAGAAAUCUCGGAUUUGCAAUCAGAAUUUGAAUUUGACCGCAUAGACUAUUUGGACACCAUCAGGUCUCAGGAAAGAGAAAUGAAACUGCUGCAAGCAAUGCUAGACAGGAUGCAGCCCCUUAUUAAGAGGGAUUGUAACUAUUUCAAUCUGGACAAAGUAAGAGCUGAAUGUCGAUGGGAUGCUGAUAAUCAAAGAUGGAUUACUCCUUCAGUUUCUAUGGAAAGGUCCGGGCUGCCAAGCAGUGGAAUGAUGCCAGGGGGAAGAGCCCCAGAUAGAAGAUUUCAGAGAAUGAAUGGAAAUAGUGGUCCUCCUUCUGAUGACAGAUUUUAUCAGAAAUUAAACAAUCACAGCAAUGAAGAAUAUGCCAGCAAUUAUUUUGCUCCUAAAAGAGCCUCACAGCUUCUUACACAGACUCAAGAGACAAAAUCCCUCAGAAACAACUCUCCACGCAUGAUGAAUGGUGGGGCUCCAUGGAUCACAGAACAGCGGGGUCCAGAUAGCCAAGAAUCUGGUUCUGAAAAUGAUUUCCGUGCUGCUCAAGUUCAUCGACAGCUGGGACCAGACACCAGUAUGGCUGCUCGUCCUAUUCGACUUGAGGCAUUGCGACAGCCAUCAGCAAAGAAAAAGAAGAAAAAGAGUCCAAAUAUGUUAGAACCAUUAUGAUAAAUUCUUUUACAAUUUUUUUCUUCUUAAAUCUGCAUGAAAAUGUUGGGGUAUUACAAUGAUCUCCAUCAUGCAGAUUGAAUGACAAUUUGGCAAUUCAAAAUACUUCUGCACCAAUAAUUGUUUUUGAUAGAACCCUGUCACACAAACUAGCUUUUGAACUUAUUUAGUCAGAAUUACAUGUAUUUAAAAUGUUUUGGUGAUGUUUGUACAGUUCUGAUUGAAAUUUAACUGCCUCUCUGAAAAAAAUCAAAGUUAAUUAACUAGUCAUAACUUGUCAAGUCAUAACCAAGAUUGCAAGUAAGCAUGGGACCAAUGUCACCAUCCAUUAUUGCAUUUAUGAAUUUAUUUAUUAGUUUGUUCAUAUUUGUUUUAAAAAUCUUCUACUAUGUUGAUAACGUCUGUCAAUAUAUCUGUUGCAGAACUUUUGAAAAAAAUUACAUCAGAGCUCCUGCCAUAGAUGAUCCGUCCGAACUUUGUUGAAAGAAUAUGUAUAUUUAAUUUUUUAAAGAACAGUAUUAAUAUACAUAUAUAUAUAUAUAUUUAAGUGUGUGUUUGUGUGU